AAAAAAUGCAAUUCGCCAUAAACGUAAGAAGAAGACGAAGAAUUAUGGCGGAGAUACGCAAAGAGAUGCCAUGUGAAAACGUACCUGUUUAUGAAUUCGUGGACGUAAACUCUAAGGAGUUUCAUAUCGGCACAUUUCGAAAAUUAUGGGUAGAUGUGCUAAAUCCGGAGAUGUAUUCAUACAGUGGCACAGCCCCAGAGAUAGAGGAUGUGGAAUUAAUCGAGGAGAUGGGCAUUGAGCCAGCGAUACUGGAGGAACUCAAAAACAUCUGCAGUGUUGAUUCCCUGAGAAGUAAACAUGAAGACCAGGACAUUAUACCAUCAGAGUCUCAUCUAUCCACACUGAAAUUACGCAAAAGAAGACAAGACUAUAAAGAAACUCUGACCAGAGAUAUGGUUGACAGACAUGAAGUCUAUGCUAAUGAAAUGGAGAUGUUAUCUGUCGGCAAGAGGCCUGACAAUGUCAGAGACCUGAUCCCUGAGGGAGAAGUCAUAUUGACUUUUAAUAUUAUGUAUCCUAUUCUUUUUCAGCGGUUUAGGCUUGUGAGAGCAUUUCAGACUCUGCAUGUGUUGGGCUCUCAGAAGCUGACUGAUCUUCGGGAUGUCAUCUGCUGUGUCAGCGAUCUGCAGGUGUUUGGAGAGUUCAGCAACACUCCAGACAUGGUACCACAGUUCAUCAGCAAGGAUCAUUACAAGUCUGCAUUUUUUUUCUUCAAUGGAACAUUCUACAAUGACACAAGGUUCCCAGAAUGUCAAGACAUCAGCAAGGUAAUAAAAGAGUGGACACGAAGCAGAGACUUCCCAGAUUUCAAGACUGCAAGGAUGGAAGACACAUCUUUCAAUGACCUGCAGAUGAAAGUCGGGUUUCCAUACUUAUACACUCACCAGGGUGAUUGUGAGCAUGUUGUUGUCCUUACUGACGUCAGAUUGGUCCAUCAGGAUGACUGUUUGGACAUAAAGCUCUACCCACUCAUCACUCACAAGCAUAGAGUCAUGACUCGGAAGUGUUCUGUGUGUCAUCUCUAUAUCAGCAGAUGGAUAACAACCAAUGAUGCUCUUGCCCCAAUGGACCCCUGCCUGUUUUGUGACCAGUGUUUUCGAAUGUUUCACUAUGACGAUAAAGGCAACAAAGUAGGAGAUUUCCUGGCCUAUGCCUAUGUCGAUCCAGGCACAUUUAAUUGAUCCUUAACCUAAAAAACUGUUCACUAUGCAGUAUUUAAAACAGAAAUGUUUUUCUUUAAGUUAUAUUUUUGCCCAAUAUGUUGCUUAUAAAUACAAUGUGACAUCUACAUAUAUUCAUCGCUGUUUUCUAAAAAAAACUACUGAUUAAAUCUGAUUUAAAAACUGUAUAUUGCGCAUGACUGGGAGAAAAAAA